UUUCUAGGAAACUCAAGUAUGUCAACAUGUUCAAAGGAUUAUCUAGCUAUAUAUAGCAAAAAGCAAUGACAAAAUGAGAAAUAUAAAGCCAUCGAACAAAAAUAACAAAGGAACAUAAAAACAAAAACAACGAAAUUUUGAAAUUGGAAAUUAUUAUCUAAAAUUACAUUUUUGUGCACAAGAACAGUGUGUCAGAGUAUCAUAAUUAUCUGUGACCUACAGAAAUAAAACCACACGAAUGAAACCCUCAUUCCGAUGGGAACAAGUUGAUCGUUUUUUAAGUUUUUUCAUUUGUUCAACGAAUACAAUAAGAACUACAACCAUAACUACACAAUGGAUAAACAAGGUACGAGUAUCAAAUCAAAGUUUAAGUCUUCUUUUUGCCCAAAAUUUGAAAACAAAACUUCGCGACAAAAGCCACCUAGAAAGCAAACAUUAUGCCCACCUAUACAAAAAUUCAAACCGCGCCUAUCAUACCAGAAACCCACCAUUGGGGUGGCGAUACUUAACUGCAUCACUAGUUGGUCUACAUUCCUGUUAUUUAAUAGUUUUUACAACCAAAGAUCGAGAUUUUUGUAUGAAAUAUUUAAAUUAAGACUUUACACAUAUUCAUCAGUGCUUUUGAGUUUAUUGUCUCUAGUCAAGGCCCAUUCGUCCACGUUGGCACCAAAUGCGGAAGUAUUCGAACAUGAUUUGGUGGUAUGCCUGCCUAAUAUUUAUACAAACUCAUGCACAAUAUAUGUAAAUUCUUCAUUAAAUGGCUUAAUUGAAUUAAAUGAAAGUGUUUAUCCUGCUCUUAAGGGCUUUCGCGGAUCCUAUGACUACAAGAUGAUUGCCCGAAUUAAUCCAUUUUGGUUGACUUUUGAACCACCAAGCGAUACAUCAUAUUACAUAAUGGGGACCUUGUACACGAUUAUAUUCGUGUUUGGUGUAACCGGCAAUGGAUUGGUUAUCUAUAUGUUUGCUAAAUGUAAAGCGUUACGGACCACUUCCAAUAUAUUAGUCUUUAACUUGUCCCUAAGUGAUUUAAUGAUUGUAAUCAAAUGUCCUGUUGCAAUUUAUAAUAAUUUUAUGCGUGGACCUGCACUCGGAGAUUGGGGUUGCCGUUUAUAUGCUUUUGCCGGCGGAUUUAGUGGUACAGCCUCAAUUUGUCUAUUGACUGUUAUCUCAGUAGAUCGUUAUAGUGUCGUAGUAAAUCCUUUAAGUCCUCUGCGUUUUAAUUAUCAAUCAAAAUAUUAUUAUUUUCUUGUACUAUUAGCCUGGUCAGAAGCAUUUUUCUUCUCUGUUAUACCGCUACUCGAAGUAGGUCUAUCGGUUUAUGUGCCCGAGGGUUAUUUGACCACCUGUUCCUUUGACUAUUUGGACAAAACCAUGCCAGCACGGGUGUUUAUGUUCUUAUUCUUCUUCUUUGCCUGGUGUAUACCAUUAAUGAUUAUAUUCUACUGUUAUUUUCAUAUUCUGCGAGUCGUGUUUAAGUCUAAAAAAAUACAAUGUAGUCACAACAAACAAAAAGUUGAGGAACGUUUAGCAUUCAUUGUAUUGCUUAUUAUAGGUUUAUGGUUUUUGGCUUGGACUCCUUAUUCCAUAGUUGCUAUGGCAGGAGUUUUUGGCAUGGAGGAAUAUUUGACACCCGAUCGUUCUAUGGUACCAGCCUUAUUUUGUAAAACAGCCGCCUGUCUGAACCCGUUUCUCUAUACAAUUUCUCAUAAGAGAUUUCGCAAUGAAUUGCAACGUUUGUUCUGCAAACGUAAACCAAUUUAUCAAUAUUCUAUGACACGUUCUUCUUACAUUAGCCGCUCGACAAGACGUAAUCGUAUUGAUCCAGCAGUGUUGGGUAAUACUAAUGCCAAAGAAUUGGAAAAAUAUCGUAAUAAUUUAAAAUCAAAAAUAUCUAUAGAUAAUGCCACUAUUAGUGGUGUAGUCAAUUGCAGUCUUUAUGGCGCUGGGGAGGCAGCAGCGGACAUUUAUCAUAAACGAAAACGUCAAAAGAAAUCUUUAAAUUUAGGGAAAAAACAAAUAAGUCCGGAAGUUUCUUCAGAAGAACCUGGUAUUUUUGUUCUGGAGCUAGAUGAUUAUAAAACUCCCAAGACACAACCCUCAUUAGAGACAAAUUUUUGAAGAGAAAAUUGGUUUAGAAAUUAUUGGAAAG